UUGCAUCCAAUUCAAUUGUUUUUGCUGCAGAUAUGUCGUUUAUUACAACACAACAAAGGAAAUUAAUAAAUAAAAACUGAUGCGUUAAAUGUAAACCCACCUAAAAUGCAUUGGGGUUGAGAGAAAAAUGAACGAAGGCGCCGCGGAAUGCUCCGAAGCUCUGGACCCUCGUGUACAGAUUGAAUUAGAACGCCUAAACACUGCAACUGAUGAGAUAAACCGUUUAGAAGUUGAAUUGGAUGAGGCUCGGCUCGCAUUCCGCAGGUUGCUGGCUGAAGGUCAUCUAAAGAUACAGCAACUCACAAAAAAACUAGGAACCAGUGUGCAUAAAGCUAGGCCUUAUUAUGAAGCUAGAUUUAGAGCUAAUAUUACAUCCCAGGAGCUGCAAAGCGCUACACUUGCUUAUGAUAAAGCAAACAGUGCCCAUGCAGCUGCUAGGGAGAUGGUGUACCUUGCCGAGCAGGGACUCGCAAGACUGGCGGAAGGUUCUGAUGGGGGCCUUACUCUCGAUCCAGCAUGGCAGGAAAUGCUUAACCACGCCACUCAUCGAGUCAAUCAGGCGGAAGCAGACCGAGCUCACGCAACGGUGACGCAGCGAACCAAGGCCGCGUCACACCGGGCGGCUACCACACUCGUGCAACAAUUACAGAACUCCCUCAAAAGGCACAUAGCCAAGUCCCGACCGUAUUUCGAGGAGAAAGCUCGCAUCAACACGGCUUUGGAAGCUCAGAAGGCGAAGAUACAAAUUCUGGAGGAGCAAGUGACGGAAGCAAAGCAGCAAUACUCAUCUGCACUGAGGAACUUGGAACGGAUAUCCGAUGAAAUACACAAACACCGGUCCAGAAGACAAUCUGCUAGAAACGACACCGACCGGUCCACGGCGACGGACACGGCCAGCGACAGCAACACCGCGGCCAGCGACAAGCUGGAGGAGCUGUGCGAGAGCAGCUCGGAGGCCAACGUGCGCGAGUGGCUGCGGCGCGCGGCCGAGGCGCCCCCGCCACCCGACACCUGGACAGAGAUAGAGCUCGACUGCUCCAGCCCCGAAGAGGUGGGCUUCGAGAAGUGCUCCCUGCGUCCCCGGUCGACUCCGGAGAAACUGUCGCCGCCGAGCCCCCAGGAGUCGAAGGUGUCCGCCUCCUCCCCGCGCCGCAUCAUCAGGUCGGACCGCGGCGCCUGCAUACGAGCUGAAUUGGAGAAGGGCCGGAGACAGAGCUUGGACGCCCUGCUGCAUGAUACGGGGGAGAAAGUCAAGGAGAUGUUCCAAGGACUGUCCCUGUUCGGCGAGCGACGCGGCUCGGGCUCCGGCCGCAGCACCCCGCGCCCCGCGCACCGCACCUGCUCCCCGCGGGGAUCCUCCUCCGCUUCAGACGACACCGACAGCCUCGCCAGCAUUGAGAUGUUAACCGAUGAUCAGAUAGCGUCUCUAAUGCUGGACGCGCAGCUCGAGGCGGUGUGCGAGCGCCUCGCCGGGGUCGGUCUGCCACCCAACCAGCGCUACUGAGCGCGCGACACCUUCCGACACGCCAAGCUCCAAGCCAAGCUUAUCCACGGCCAUGCAUUUACAGCAAAACUAGUAGGAGUAGUGAAAUGGUAACACUUGUACGCAUUACAUUGAAGCUUUGCAGUACAUUGCGGGCGCAGUAUGAACUAAGUUUAGCUAUUACAUUAAACAUUAUUGCCACAACGCUAUACUAAAAAGCAAUUUCAGUCAAGAAAUUCGCCAAGUUGAAGGCUUGUUUUAGCGAAGAUCGUCUUCCGUGGAAACGCAACGUGGAGCCAGCCCGGAUACUUGUGAAACUCAUCCGAGUGAUGUCGGGUGAGGCACGGGACGGGUGUGGCCCACGGACAGAAGGGUUCUAUAUGAAAAUUGUAUUGUUUACCAUACAUUAUGUAAUUUCUCGACGUCCUCUGUGAUGUGAUGACGUGCGGUCGACACAGCUAUAUUAAUUUUAACCGCUCACAACAGACGAGCACCGGAUAAUAAAUUGUUUUUAUUA